AUGCGUCGUGGACUCGCUGUUCUUGUUCAUCAUUUCAGCCGUCCUUCAAGACUUCCUUCUCUGUCUGCAACCUAUAUAUCCCGGAGACUGUGUCAGGCAAUGGCUGCUCAGCAACCGCCGUGGGCACCCCCCAUCCCAAAAGCGCAAACGCCGGUCCUCAAGGUCUACAAUUCCUUGACUAAGUCCAAAACAGAGUUCGUUCCACGAGACGGUAAGCGCGUAAAGUGGUACAACUGCGGCCCCACGGUCUACGAUGCAUCCCACAUGGGCCAUGCAAGGAACUAUGUGACACAGGAUAUCCUGCGCAGGAUCAUGGUAGACUAUUUUCGCUACGAUGUUCAUUUCGUUAUGAACAUCACGGAUAUCGAUGAUAAGAUCAUCCUACGCGCGCGGCAGAGUCACCUUGUGCAAAAACUGCGCGCAGAAACAGCAUCCCUUACGCCGGGGCUGCUGGCCCAGGUACUCGCUGCCUGGACAUCCUAUGUGCGCUCGAAAGUUUACAAAGGCCUACUUGCCAAUGAGACACCAGCAUUUGAUGCAGAAUGGGAAGCAUGGCCAGAGUUGGUCAAAAAAGCUCAGGAUAAAUUAUGGAAAUCAGAGUGCCUGAGAAGGGAUGAGAAGUUUGAUAUGCACUUCACCGCAGCCGCUCGCACGUUCUCAGCGCUUGAGGUCGCCCGAGGUUUGCUUGAUUCAGGUCACAACACGGUCGAUAUCGCCCAUCAGCUCAUAGACGCAGCUACAGAUGUACUCGCUCUUUCUUUGGACCAACAGCACGGCGCGACUGUUACGGAUCCUUCUAUCUCGCGCUCCCUGUCAGCGUUCUGGGAGCAGAAGUUCUUUGAUGAUAUGUCCCGGCUGCGGGUACGGGAGCCCGAUACCUUGACCCGUGUGACGGAAUAUGUUCCAGAAAUUGUUGCCUUUGUUGAACGUAUAGUUCAGAAUGGCUAUGGCUACGAAGUGGACGGCAGCGUCUAUUUCGACACACGUGCUUUUGACCAGAGUAAAAGCCAUUUUUACGCCAAGUUGGAGCCCUGGAGCAAGGGAAACCGAGAGCUAUUGGAAGAGGGCGAAGGUGCACUAUCCAGCACUACUGGACGUAGAUCCCCAGCCGACUUCGCCCUUUGGAAAGCAUCGAAACCUGGGGAGCCGUACUGGCCUUCACCCUGGGGUCAGGGGAGGCCGGGAUGGCAUAUCGAAUGCUCGGUCAUGGCUUCGGCCAUCUUCGGCGACAACAUGGACAUACAUUCCGGCGGCAUCGACCUUGCUUUCCCUCAUCAUGACAAUGAGAUGGCCCAAUCGGAGGCAUAUCAUGAUUGCGAAUCGUGGGUCAACUAUUUCCUGCACACCGGCCAUCUACACAUUGAGGGGUUAAAGAUGAGCAAGUCUUUGAAGAACUUCAUCACCAUCGACGAAAUAUUGCAAAAAUACUCUGCAAGACAACUGCGCCUUGCCUUUUUGACUCAACUUUGGAAUUCUAAAGUCGACUUCUCCGAAUCACUGAUGACUGGAGAGGUCCGGAACAUCGAGGCUACCCUGAAUAACUUUUUCACCAUCGUCAAAGCUCUCGUCGCUCAAGCGCGCGCCGAUGGUCCUAGGCUAGACGGAAAGCACCGAUUUGAAAAUCCGGAGAUUGACCUCACAGACGUGCUACACAAAUCCCAGGAUGCGUUCCGGGUCGCCCUUUGCGAUUCGUUCAAUACGCCGAGUGCGUUGGACGUCCUUCGAGACUUGGUAUCUCGCACGAAUGUCUACAUUAACUCGCGGGGAAAGGAUCUCAACGUCGAUCUUGUGGAGCGUGUUGCACGUUGGGUGGGAGACAUGUUGCGUAUGUUCGGACUGGGCGAAGGAGAGACCUCGGAAAUCGGGUGGGGACAGGAACAAGGCGAUGGGCCGUCUGCGGUGAAUCGGGAGGAGGUUCUCAUGCCAUACCUACGUGUUCUGUCUUCUUUUAGAGACGGGGUACGCCAACUAGCUAUCUCCAAUGGUGAUGGAGUUGCGAAGGAUAUUUUGGCCUUGUGCGACAAGCUUCGCGAUGUGGACGCAAUCCCACUGGGAGUAGCUUUCGACGAUCAAGAAGAUGGGAAAGCUCUUGUCAAACUCAUGCCUCCUGCCGAGCUUAUUAGAAUCCGCGACGAAAAGCGCGCCCAAGUCGAGGCCAAGAUCGCAAAAAAGGCCGCCGCUAUUGAGGCCGAGCAGCAGAAAAGAAUGCAGAAGCUGGAAAGGGGUCGCGUAGCCCCCGAAGUGAUGUUCAAAUCGCCGCAGGUCCCUGACGGCACUUACGGCAGCUGGGAUGAUGCGGGCGUACCGCUUACAGAUGGCACGGGAAAGGAGCUGAGCAAAAGUCAAGGGAAGAAGGUACAGAAGGAAUGGACGGCUCAGAAGAAGCUUCAUGAAGACUAUUUAGAAUGGCAGAAGCAGCAGAAGUGACUGGGGGGACAUAGUUUAUGGCUUUGGGCAGCUUUGGGCAGUUUACCACCCUGUUUUGUAUAUCGAGGUGCCAAUGCGUUUUGCUACAAACGUUGCAUCCGC